AUGUGUAACGAUCGUGUCGAUGAGGUCAUCACUAGCUUUCAACCCAAAACGAUACCAAAAUAUACACUCGAAUCACUUCUGCCGGAAAUCGAGGCAGCAUUCAGCGCUGAAACGGUGGAAGAAGUGAUCGACCGACUGAGUACGAGUGAAUCGGAUUUCGCCAGGAAACAACUCGCCGUAAUCAGCAAAAUGGUAUUCACAUGA